UUAAUUGUUAUUCGUUAUUCACCUUUGAGAACGUUUGAAUUUCACAUUAAUCAAGUUCCAUUCAGAUUAAUCAUCAAUCGAAAAGUUGAUUAGUUAAUUUAUUUAGUUUAUUUUAUUCCUAUUUUCUAUUUUACGUAUUCCAAAAUGUUUCCAGUCACUUUACCAGAAUUUAUUGAACUUUUUUCAAAUCCAUCAGUGUUUUUCAUCGGGUUCAUCAUCUCUUGUAUCAUUUAUAAUGGUUGGAAGACAAGCUAUUGGUAUCGCAACGGUAUUCCAGGGCCGAAGCCCCUUCCUUUAGUUGGUAAUGUUCUAGACAUUAUGUUCAAAUCAAGUUUCGAGAAUGAAUUAGAUUAUGUUAAACGUUAUGGUAAAAUCGUUGGAGUUUAUCAUGGAACACAGCCUAAUUUAUUGAUUGCUGAUCCAGAGUUGAUUAAGCAAAUAACUGUCAAGGAAUUUAGCUCAUUCCCAGAGAGCUUCAGUUUCACUUAUAAAACUCCGGUUGAAGAAAAGUUCCUUAGUAAUCUUUAUGGAGAUGAAUGGAAAAGAGUUCGAUCCUUAUUAACACCAACGUUUACCACUGGGAAAUUGAAAAAAGUUUUCGAACUGAUCGCAAAUUGUACAAGAGAAUGUAUUGAUAAUCUCGACAAUAAUUCGAAAAUUUCUAAUAGCAAGACUUCAAUUAUCGAUUUGAAACAUUUUUGGGGUCGAUAUAAUAUGGAUGUUACCGCUCGAUGUUUUUUCGCUUUGGAUCUUAAAGUUUACUCCGAUAAUCCAGUUGCUCUUACGGCUCAGGCAAAGUUUCACAAAUUAUUUUCCAGCAACAAGUUCACCGCAUUGAUUAACAUGAUCGCCCCCGAAUGGUUUGUCAAAUUAACGCGAUCAGGAUUCUUCUCAGUUGAAGGAUUAACCUAUCUUUCUGAACUUACUCAGGCGAUUAUCUCUGUUCGUAAAUCUAAGUCAAUUGGACCGAAUGGAACUGAACAAAAGUUCAACGAUUUCCUACAAUUAUUAGUUGAAGCUGAAGAAGAGAACGAGGAAAAAGUUAAACUGGAAGAAGAUGAAGAUAUCGCUAGAAGUGAUAAUAAUAAUAUUGAAAGAAAACGAUUAACAAUCGAUGAGAUUGUUUCGUCCGCUGUUAUUUUUCUGAUUGCAGGAUAUGAAACAACUUCGACCUUGUUGACUUGGACUACAUAUGAACUCGCCCGAUAUCCAGAGGUACAAGAAAAGUUGUAUGAGGAAAUAGAUUCACUUGAUGAGAUCAAUUAUGAAACGAUAAACAAAUGCGUUUAUCUUGAGGCGGUGAUCAAUGAAUCCCUGCGAUUACACCCACCGGUCAUUCAGUUACCUCGAAAAUGUCAUUCUGAUUAUAUUAUACCUGGAACUGAUGGUGCGAUCCUACCCAAAGGAUCUAGAGCAUUUAUCUCAAUCUAUGCCAUUCAUCAUAACCCUGAAAAUUAUCCCGAACCUCAUAUAUUCAAACCUGAAAGAUUUUUACACGAAAAUCGUGAUUCAAUCAAACCCUUUACCUUUUUACCUUUCGGUGCAGGUCCACGUCUCUGUAUUGGAAUGAGAUUUGCCUUAAUCAACGCUAAAUUAGCACUGGUGAUGUUUCUCAAGAAUCACAAACUAAUUAACAAUCAAUUUACCACUAAAAAAAUCGAUUACACUUUCCAUACUGGAGUCUUGACAGCGAAAACAAUUAAUGUUGGAAUUGAAAGAAGACUCAAUUCAACGUGAAAUUUGAUCUUUUUUACUCCAUUUUUCUUAAAUCCAUGAUCACAAUUAAUUGUUAACAAGUCAAUUUACUCAAUUGUUAUUGUAUUUUCAAUUCUAAUUUAAUUAAUAAACAUUUAUACUUCA